GGAGGACGUCACCUAUAAAAGGAAGCUUUUGCUAAAGCCGGUAAUAUAUCGCCGUUUAAAAGAAACACUGAAAGCUUCGAAAGCCAACUGAGAUCGAAAAUAUGAACAUCUACUUCGGUUCAAUGGCCACUCCCCCUUACGCGGUUCAUGCCUCAACCCCGCGUGGACCAAAGCCGUCCUUAAAUCAAAACAGCUCCAAUAAUGUGCCACUCCUUAAGCCUCAAGCAGCCCUAGUUGCCCUUCUUUCUGGCCAACAUUCCAAUGAUGUGGAAGAACAAAGUCGCUCCCCACUUGAUGUAAUCCUCCGACGCGGCUCUGAGGCCAAUCCAUGGGGUUUCCGUAUACAGGGAGGCUCAGACUAUCAUCUCCAGUUAACCGUCUGCAAAACGCAGUCCGGAAGUCCGUCGGAAGGUGUACUUUAUCGUGGCGACGCUAUCAUUGCAAUCAAUGGUGAGACGACGAGAAAUCUUAGCCAUGGAGAGGCCACUGAAAAAAUCCGCUCUUCUGGCACAGAACUUCAAAUGACUAUAUCAAGAAAGCUCCGCGAGGACUUUUCCGACCUGCGACCCAAAGGACCAUUCAAAUUUAGUGCCCCACAAUAUGGGAAGCGCUAGUUCGAACAACAAUUUUGUCUGAGUUUGGCCAACUGUGUCCACUUGCUUUACCUGUACGCAUAUACAUCUGCACAAACGCCUAUCCAUGGGAAGCGGUGCCAGUGCACCAGGAUUCAUGUCUGUUCCUACAAACGGUCGUGCAAUCGCAAUUUUAUAUCAUCAUCCUAAAAUUGAACGUCUUUUCGUCUAGCGCUACACCGAAAUCUGUCACGACCCCGGAAGUUUCCGUUCACUGUUCUUUUUCAAAUGGUCUUGUGCCCAGUUUCGAAUAACUGAAUGUCUUCGAGCCCCAGUGUGAAUUAAACUGCAUAACGUGUCCGUGGUUUUGUCCUUUUCUCAAAAGUGUACCAUUCCAACGCUUCCAUGAUCCGCUGUAAUAAAAAAUCUCGAUAUUCC